ACGACGCAGCAGCAUCCAGCGCAGUACGAGGUGGGCCCGUGGAUCGAGAGGAGCAGAGACAGGGCGGAGGCAGUAGCUAGAGACCAGGCCCAAUAUAUCUCAUAGCUGCCAUGUCUCCAUGCAUGCGAGAGGCCAAUCUACACGGCGCCUUCUUCGCUGCCUUCUUCUGCUCCCCGGUGGCUCCACACUUGACACCGCUACCCACAACGUACACCAGCUAGCUACACACUAGACAAGAGCUAGAGAGAGCCAUGCUUGCGGCCUGCUUCCGGCAAACAGCCAAUCGAUCACAUACAGCACAGGCGACACAAUUGUGUCGAGGCCUGAUUGCCCAACGGCGCCUAGAAAGCACACACAAGCCAGCCAAGGAGCACUCCAUCUCUCUCAGUGCCCGUAAACUCAAUAUCCCCUGGCAAGACGGCAAGACAUCCAGCUUCCAUCACAUAUGGCUUCGUGAUCAUUGUCGCAGCAAGUCCUGCUUUCACCCAGUCACACACCAACGUCUUCUCGACACCUCCCUCCUUCCUCGCGACAUUGCACCGACAAACGUCGAACAAGGCGAGGAAGGACUCACGCUGACCUGGCCAGAUGCACAUCAAAGCUAUUUCAGCUACGACUGGCUACAUCGCCACUCCUACAGUCCCAAAUUUCCACGGCCCGAUGCACUCGAGGCGCCGCAGCACUUUUGGGGCAGUGAGAUUAAGGAGUCCCUGCCGACCAUUGCAUACGACGAUAUCAUGGCUUCCGAUGAAGGUGUUGGUCGCUGGUUGACUCAGAUCCAUACAUACGGAUUCAGUCUCGUGGAUGGCACUCCCAUCGACCCAGCGGCAACACAAGCACUACUCGAACGCAUCGCUUUCAUUAGACAGACGCAUUAUGGCGGUUUCUACGAUUUCACCGCUGACUUGGCACACGGUGAUCUCGCCUACACGAACGUCGCCCUGCCACCGCAUAAUGACACCACUUACUUUUCUGAUCCCGCUGGAUUGCAAAUGUUUCACUUGUUGGCUUUUGAUGGGACCGGUGGCGAGUCGUUGCUAGUCGAUGGAUUCAAAGCUGCAAAACAACUAAGGCAAGACCAUCCCAAAGCAUACAGCACAUUGUCGAGGGUACGUGUACCGACCCAUUCUGCAGGAGAUGUGGAUAAAUGCAUUACACCCAGUAUUGGUGGCGGUGCUUUUCCCAUCCUCAAUCAUGAUCCAGCGACUGGUUUAUUGUCACAGGUUCGCUACAACAAUGAAGACCGCAGUACCAUGACGAGUUUCACAGAUGAUCGUGAAGUGGAGGAUUUCUAUGAAGCGUUGCAAGUAUGGCAUACACUACUGGUGAGUCCUGCGAUGAUGCUGCAAUUCCCAAUGAAACCGGGGCAAGCACUCAUCUUUGACAAUUGGCGCGUUUUGCAUGGUCGCACGCAGUUUGACGCGACAAAGAGACGGAUUUGUGGUGGGUAUAUCAGUAUGGAUGAUUACCAAAGUCGACGCAAGCUCACGACGCGAGGUAGGGAAGCCGUCAUGUUUGAUCUAUAAAGCCACAUUCUAUAUCUAUGCCAACAAUGAAAGAGAUGCUUGUAGACCUAUCUACUCUGAAGCAACGGGCUUGAGCACCAUUGGCUUCUGGUCCUCUGCAAAAGGCACACCCAAUUCGAGAAGCUUGCAAAAGACCUUGCUAAAGUCAUUGUAGAA